AUGUCUGUCAGAUCAUUUUCGAUAGACAUUCCUCAAAGUGACAUCGAUGACCUGAACGAACGAUUGAGGGACUCACGGCUCCCAAAAAAUCUUGAAACUAAUGACUGGGAGCGAGGAGUGAAUGGCAAGCAUUUACUGAGUGCAAUAGGCUACUGGAAAAACAAGUACAACUGGAGAAAAGUUGAGAAAGAAUUGAACGAUUUCCACCACUUCAAAACCUGCAUUUCAGGUGUUGAUAUACACUUCAUACACGAGAAAGGGAAGGGACAAAACAGCAUACCAAUUAUUUUCUCACAUGGAUGGCCCGACAGCUUCCUCAGAUACACUCAACUGAUACCCAUUUUAACCGACCCAGAACGCUUUGGGAGAAAUUCCAAGGAUUCUUUUGACGUAGUCAUACCAUCACUUCCCGGUUUUGGAUUUUCGGGUUACUCCACUGAAUUUUCAAUAAACAACGAGACUAUCGCUGAUAUGUGGUUGGAGCUCAUGGAAAGCAGGCUAGGAUACGAGAAGUUCGUAGCGGGAGGAGGAGAUAUAGGGUCUGGCGUUUCUAGAUACCUGGCAUUCAAGCACCCUCAGCAUAUAUUAGGAAUACAUCUUACAGAUGUCGGGAUUGUUCGUGAACUACUUGGAGCUCCGGCUGCCAAAGAAUCACCAGUUGAAUACCUUUCGUAUACAAAAGCUGCAAACGAAUGGCUUCGCAAUGAAGCAGGAUACAUGAACAUGCAGGCGACAAAACCGCAAACUUUAGCAGUUAGCCUGUCGGACUCGCCUGUUGGUUUGGCGGCGUGGAUUUUGGAGAAAUUUCACUCCUGGGGAGACCCAGCAUCAAAGCUAUCAAUGGAAGAGUUAUUAACAAAUAUCUCAAUUUAUUGGUUUAGCAACAAUAUUUCAAGCGCUGCUCGCAUAUAUUAUGAGAACAGCCAUUUUUUGAAUCCUCUUGGUAGGAUUUUGGUGCCCACUGGUAUUUGUUCAUUUCAAGCCGACAUUUUACCACCUCCAAGAAAUUGGGUUGAAUCUAAUUUCAAAGUGAUUGAUUGGGCCACCGCAUCAACUGGCGGGCACUUUUCGUCGAUGGAAAAUCCAGAAGCGUAUGCCGAUAGCUUAUUCAUUUUCCACACAAAGCUGCAUCAACUUUGA